GGGAACCCAGGAUGAUGGAAACCUUCAUGGGGCAAACAUGGACUGCCAUGCUUUGAAAAAAGGCUCUCCAGCAUCUGACAUGUGAUGGCAAAGGAGAAAGGGUAGACUUGAAAAAAAUGCUGGCACAGAAGAGAUGAUUGUUCAUUGACACAAAGGCGCAGAACUGCCUAUUGAGCAAAGUCCUGACCAGGCAACUUACGAAUGGCCCAAGGAAGCCAGCAAAUUGAUUUUCAGGUUUUACAUGACCUGCGUCAAAAAUUUCCUGAGGUACCUGAAGUUGUUGUGUCCAGAUGCAUGUUACAGAAUAAUAAUAAUUUGGAUGCUUGUUGUGCAGUUCUGUCUAAGGAGAGCACAAAGUAUCUCUACGGUGAAGGAGACAUUGGUUUUCCAGAUGAUUCUGGGAUUCCUGGUCUGCGAAAUCACAUGACAUCCCUUAAUUUGGAUUUGCAAUCACAAAAUGUGAUUCUCCAUGGAAGAGAAGGAAGUAGGAUGAAUGGAAGUAGGACUUUAUCUCAUAGCAUUAGUGAUGGACACCUUCAAACCAGUCAGUCCAACAGUGAACUGUUUCAGCAGGAACCACACACAGCUCCAGUACAAGUUCCACAGGGAUUCUUUGGCAUAUCUAAUACUUCUAAUCCAGGGCAGCAUUUUGGAUUUCACUUGGGCAGCAAAGGAACAUCUAGUUUGGCUCAGCAAACUCCUAGAUUUAAUCCUAUUAUGGUAACUUUAGCCCCAAAUAUUCAGCCUGGUCGAAAUACCCCUACGUCUUUGCACAUACAUGGUGUACCUCCACCUUCAGUAAACAGUCCGCAAGGUAAUUCUAUCUAUAUUAGGCCUUACUUUACAACUCCUAGUGGUACAGCUCGCCAGACUCAUCAAAAUCCAGGAUGGACGUCUCAGUUUACUCCCAUGCAUUCUCAGCAGAACUACCAUCCUUCACAACCAAGUCCCUGGACAACUAUUCCUACAACCAGUACCCUGCCAUAUACCUCAUCGCAACAAUCAACGCAGCCAAAUCAGCAAGGCCAUCAGACCUCCCAUGUUUAUAUGCCCAUAAGUUCUCCUACUACUCCACAAGCACCUACAAUUCAUUCAUCUGGUAGCUCACAGUCUUCUUCCACCCAGAGUCAAUACAAUAUUCAAAAUAUCUCAACAGGACCUCGGAAAAACCAAAUUGAAAUCAAACUUGAACCACCACAAAGAAAUAAUUCAUCAAAACUGCGUUCAACUGGGUCUCGGUCAUCUUCAAAUCCCUCUUCCAGCCAGUCUUUAAGCAGAAGUCAACCCACUGUUUACAUUGCUGCCAGUCCACCAAAUACUGAUGAAAUUAUCACACGGAGUCAGCCAAAGGUCUACAUUUCAGCCAAUGCCUCUACAGGAGAUGAACAACUUGUACGGAAUCAGCCCACGCUCUUCAUAUCAACAAAUCCAGGAGUUACAGCCACGUCUAGGAAUAUGUCUGGUCAAGUAAGCAUGGGACCUGCAUUUAUUCAUCAUCAACCUCCUAAGAGCAGAACGGCAGGCAAUAAUACCACUGCCACUUCUCCUCGAGUGGUGGUUACACAGCCAAACACAAAAUAUACUUUUAAGAUUACUGUUUCUCCAAAUAAACCCCCUGCAGUUUCACCAGGGGUGGUCUCCCCAACCUUUGAACCUACAAAUCUUCUAAACCUUCCAGAUCACUUUGCAGAGACGGAGGGUAUCCAACACCUUCCUGACCCUGUUUUAGCACAUGUCGAUAGGAUUAGUGAGGCACGGAAGCUGAGUAUGGGAUCUGACGAUGCUGCCUAUACACAAGCUUUAUUAGUACACCAGAAGGCUAGGAUGGAACGACUUCAGCGAGAACUUGAGAUCCAAAAGAAAAAGCUGGAUAAACUAAAAACAGAAGUAAAUGAAAUGGAGAAUCAUCUAACACGAAGGCGCCUGAAAAGAUCGAAUUCUGCUUCCCAAAUUCCUUCACUUGAAGAAAUGCAGCAGUUAAGAAGCUGCAACAGACAGCUUCAAAUAGACAUAGAUUGCCUAACCAAAGAGAUUGAUCUUUUUCAAGCAAGAGGACCACAUUUUAAUCCCAGUGCCAUUCAUAAUUUUUAUGACAAUAUUGGAUUUCUAGGUCCUGUGGCACCAAAGCCCAAAGCAGAUCAAAGGUCCAUUGUAAAAACACCAAAGACUAUACCUGACACAGAGGAAGAUGAGGGCGCUCAGUGGAAUUGUACCGCUUGUACUUUUUUAAAUCACCCAGCCUUAAACCGUUGUGAACAGUGUGAGAUGCCCAGGCAUUUCUGAGCCAGAGAGGCUCACAUCUUCUGUAAAUCCAACCUUUGACUAUUGUGUCAUUUCUUUGGGAUAAAUAAUCAUUUAUGCAUAGGAUUUUGUAAAAUUGAGCGUGUGAUAAGAUGGUUUAUUACUAAUGUUAAAUGUCAUGCUACAGAGAUUAAUACCUCAGUGUUGUGCUGCAGGCAGCUGAAAUUCAUCAGCCGGAAGGUAAUCUCCUGGAAGACUUAGUUGCCAGCUGCCUGAAUCAUGUACAGUAUUACAGAAACCCCAGUAAGAGAAACUCACCAUGUUCAAUGCUCGGAUG